AUGGGGGACGUUUAUGUGGACGACAUGAUGCUCGCUACCCUCAUCAGCAUGGGCUUCGACGAGUCCAUCUCGCGUCAGGCCCUUGCUGUAAGUGGCAACUCAUCUGUGGACACCGCCUUAGAACUCAUAUUGAGCGGCUCAUUGGCUGACAUGGCCGACGUGCCGCAGCACUACGAAGAGCCUCCGAAGCCGGCACAAGGUCUGAGAGGCAACACGCCCAAGGCGGCCGCAGCACCGCCGCCAGAGCCUCUUGCGUUUGAUCCGUGUGAAAUCACCACCGACUAUGAUGAUUACGAACAAAACAGCCAGCCGGACAAAGGGAAGCUGCGGCAGUCCACCGAGGGCACGGAGGGCGAAGACUACGAAGAUCUGGAUUUUAGCGAUGGCGCUGCGCUGGGCAUACCCGAACGGGAGGCCACCAAGAUCAAGUGCUUCGACGAACGCAAGCUCGCCGAGGCAGCUGCCAACGAGAUACGCAAGAUCAUGUCCCUCACCGGCUUUGGCUUUUCCGACUCUGCUGCCUUGCUCAAACAUUACAAGUGGGACGCCGAAAAGCUGACGGAGCGCUACUUCGAAGACCCCGAGAAGGUGGCCGCCGCCGUGGGCGUGGUGUUGGAUGAACAUUCAGAUGACCCGAUCGAGGGCGACUGCCUUAUCUGCGGCGACGAGAUGACGGCCGAAGACGCCAGCAUCUCGCGUUGCGGCCACGCCUUCUGCAACAUCUGCUGGCAAGGCACAAUGACCUGCCCUGCCUGCUCCCGGCGCCCUUUCAGGCCUAAAUCGGAUUGUACAGGCUACCUGGAGGUAAAGAUCAAGGAGGGCGAGGCUCUCGGCAUACCCUGCAUGAUGCACAAGUGUGGCAAGGUCGUCGACUCUAACCUCGUCAAGCGGGUCGUCUCGCCGGAGGCGUACAAGAAGUACACCCACUUCAUCACCAAGGGCUUUGUCGAUCAGAACCCCAACAUGCAGUGGUGCCCUGCGCCCGGAUGCACCAACGCCGUGCUCUGCGAGCUCAGCACCGAGCUGAGGGUGCCAUGCAACUGCGGCUACCGAUUCUGUUUUGUGUGCCACGGCGAAGCGCAUGCCCCCGCCAAAUGCGAUGACAUGAAGAAGUGGGACCAAAAGUGCAAGGAUGACAGCGAGACGGCUAAUUGGCUAAACGCCAACACCAAGGAUUGUCCCAAGUGCCACACAGCCAUCGAAAAGAAUGGCGGCUGCAAUCACAUGACUUGCAGGAGCGUUAGCUGCAAACACGAGUUUUGCUGGAUCUGCAUGGGGAACUGGAUCGGCCACACGGCCUGCAACCGCUACAAGGAGGGCGAGGCACAGGAAGAAGACGCGAGCACUGCUCGAAAGACGCUGGAGCGUUACCUUCACUACUACCAUCGUUUCAAGGCCCACAUGGACUCUCAGGUAACGAAAUCUUCCAUUCUAUCUUUCGUUUCAGCUUUAGGUCGGUCGGUCGUAGUGUGA